AGGCGAAGCUCACGUUUCUUGGUUCUAUGUACAGUGCAGAUACAGAUACACAUUUGGCAGUUUGACAUCGUUUUAAAUUCGUUUUAUUGUCGUGUGUUUAUUGUGUAUUCCGUACAUAAUAUAGUAAUAUUCACUUUCACCAUGAGCUCGAAGCCGACAAAAACUUUUGUUACAUCUACGAGCUCGGUGCAAAGUAUCACGUCUCCUACUGCUUCUUAUACCUCGGCUAAUUUUCGGCCUACUAGUCCUAAGCUGCCCAGUCGUUUGCAGGAAAAAACUGAUCUGCAAAAUUUAAAUCAUCGCUUUGCAUGUUAUAUAGAUCGGGUAAGGCAUUUAGAAGCUGAAAAUUCACGCUUAAGAACAAAACUUCGGAUAUCAAAAGAGACUGAAACUAGAGAAGCCUUAACUUUGAGGACUACAUAUGAUAAAGAACUGUCGGAUGCUCGAAAAUUGUUAGAUGACACUACCAGAGACAAGGCAAAACUCGAAAUUGAUGCUCAGAGAUUAUGGGAGGAAAAUCAUGAGUUGAAAACAAGGCUAGACAAGAAAUCAAAAGAUUUAAUCUUAGCCGAGACUGAUGUUCGAAAGUAUGAGAGCAAAUGCUCGGAACUCAAUGGUAAAUUCAAUAUGGCUGUUUUAGAAUGCAAUAAAGCAAUAGAUGAUCGCAAGGAAUUAGAGAGUGAGCUGAAUAACCGAAGAAAUCAUUUAGAAGAACUUCGCAAAAAUCUAGAAGAAGAAAUAUUAGUUCGUGUAGAUGUAGAAAAUAAUUUGCAGAGUUUGAGGGAGGAAUUAGCUUUUAAACAUGAGGUCUAUCAGCAAGAACUCAAAGAAACUAGUAUGCGACAUAAGGUUGAAUUAAGUGAAAUUGGAGAUCUUGCAAAACAAUAUGAAGCAAAAAUGCAAGAGACUAUGCAGGAACUUCGUGAUCAGUAUGAGAAACAAAUUAGUUCAAACCGCGCUAAAAUUGAAGACAUCUAUAAACAAAAGAUCAAAAAUUUAGAAGGCCUUGCUACUCACAACAGUAGUGCUGCUACAGCAGCAGCUGAAGAAUUAAAUCAAGCACGAACUAAGAUUCAAUAUUUAUGCAGUCGUGUAAAUGAAUUGGAGGCUUCUUACAAUACUGCUAAUCAACGCAGCAAAGAGUUAGAAAAAAUGCUAGAAGACGCGCAUAGGCGUCAUUCUGAUAAUAUGCAUCAGUUAGAAGCAGAAUUGCGCCUCCUACGGGAGGAGAUGGCUGGACAGUUGCAGGAAUAUCAAGAUCUGAUGGAUAUUAAGGUCUGCUUAGAUAUGGCAAUAGCAACUUAUAGGAAGUUGCUAGAAGGCGAGGAAACCAGAUUAAACACCAACCAGGCAACAUCCAGCACAGGUGGAAAGCGUAAACGCACUUUACUGAAAGAAUCGCAUGAAAUCAGUCUUAGUGAAUUUACUGAACAUCUAAUCUGCAAAGGAGAUAUUGCAAUAAUAAUGAAAUGUGACGCAGAAGGUCGUUACAUAAAGCUGACAAAUAAUGGGAUUAAAGAAGUUUUUCUUGGUGGCUGGAAACUUAUCCAAAAAGCAGGUAAUGCUGAAACUGUGUUCAAAUUUCACCACACUCUUAAACUCGAUCCUGGGGCAAGCACUACUGUUUGGUCACUGAAUGAGCAGCAACAUCAUGAACCUCCAAAUAAUAUAGUUAUGAAAGGAAAGAAAUGGCUUGUUAAUGACAUCAUUUAUACAUCUUUGACAAACAGUAAUGGAGAGGAAGUGGCAACAUUUGAACUAGUGCAAAAUAAGUUGGCCAGUCGUUCUUCGCGCAUGCAACAUUCUGGACAAACCAAAUCACUUGGCUCCCAGGAACUUCAUGAGCAGGAAGAUCCACAACAGCCAGCUUAAGAAAAAUGUCGAGUAAUGUAAAACUUGAUACAAAUUUAUAAAAUUUUCAUUUUGAAAAGAAAAUAACAUAAUUGAAGACUUAUAAAACAACCAAGUGAAAUAUGUUCAGAGAUUUUAGUUAAUUUUUUUUAAUCAAUUUUAUUUGACUGUCUAAUAUGUGUUUUGAUCAUAAUACAAGUGCGGCAUUUUCUAUAGU